AUGUUAUCAGGGCUAUUGGGGUUGAUGGAUUCAUCGCAUACAAGUAUACAAUAAGAAGAGUAAAUUCACAAGGUUUUGGGAGAAUUUUUGCAUGAUUUGCUCAGAAUAUUGUAGCAGAAUUCGAAGAAAAUAAUAUUCCUCAAAGUAUCUUCUUUUUUUAUCGAGGAAUUUAGGAAUUCAAACUAAUCAUUCUGUUUGCAUAAAUUUUUGAGUGACAUCCAAAUUUUAAUCGUUUUACUAUUUUAUUAAUAUUACAUUAUUUGCUUUUCGACCCUCAUUGUAAGGGUAUUAGCAAUUCUUUGAGCUUAACUCCAUAUCCAUAGGAGAAUUUGCACAAACGAAAGUUCUAUAAAUCAAAGGUGCUGAUCGAAGCUGUGAUUGUUUUUUUCCUUCAGUUUAUAAUACUUAAAAAGGUUUGAUGCUUUCAAAAAAUGACUAAAAUCUAAAUAUAAUAUAGUUCUCCUUUGGCUCUUAAGAUUGGGAUUGUAAAUUAUAAUGGGCUAUCGAAUUUGAAACUUAGAAAUAUUUAUAGGGAAGAACUUAUGGAACCAUAAGUGCAGAUGGUAACUUUAUUGUAACAUAGUAUGUUAAAUCCAAAGAGAUUUAGAUCAGACGAUAUAAAAGUACAAUUUGA